GUUAUUCUACGGCAUAAAGCAUGUAUGCUGACAAACUUUUCUGAAGUUUCUCUUUUUUCAUAUUUUCUUUUUAGCAUCCGUGUCUCAGAGAUGAAGUUCAUUUAUUUGACUCUCCUGCUUGUUAGUGGAAUAACAGAUUCAAGAUCAGAGCAGUUUGAAGUAGUGGGACGUGCCGAUCCUGUAUUUGCUGUCCCUGGUGAAGAUGUGAUUCUGCCCUGUUCAGUCAAUCCCAGCGUCAGUGUUGUGGACAUGAGAGUGGAGUGGUUUAGAUCUGAUCUGAAAGACUCACAGCUAGUGCAUCUCUAUGAUGAUCAUGAAGACAGAAACACAGAUCAGAUUCAGUCCUACAGAGAGAGAACAAAACUGGUCCAUCAAGAACUACAGAGAGGAAACGCAUCACUCAAACUCUCAACAGUCCGAGUCUCAGAUGAAGGAGUUUAUAAGUGUUUUAUUCAGUCUAAAUCCUGCUUUGACGAGGCCACUGUUGAUGUCAGAGUUGAAGCUGUAGGACGUCCUCCAGUGAUCACUGUAGAUGGGUUUGAUGGUUCAGGAGGGUUUCAUCUGCAGUGUGAAUCUGAAGGUUGGAAUCCUGAACCUGAUCUUGAGUGGCUGGACAGUGAAGGAGUCGGUUUGAGUUCAGAAACUACAGAGACACACAGAAACACAGACGGUUUCAGUGUCAAACACACCAUCACUGUAUAUGACAGUGGCAAGUUUCACUGCAGAGUCAAACUGAGACAUCAUAUGCUGGAGACACUGAUCAUCACCACAACAGAUAAUAGGUUUAUUUCUUGGAGAACGUCAGUCAUCCUGGUUUCAGUUUUUGUUGUGCUCAUUGGGGUUUCUGGAAUACUGGUAGCAGUGUUUGCUCAUAAAAACAGAGAAAUUUCUUUCGAACGUGAUCAACUUUUACACAGUCAGAAGAUUAUUCUACAAGAAGCUCUCCGAAAUUUAAGAACAUACAUAGCAGACUUUUCUAUAUUUUCAGCAGUGAAAGUGACUCUGGAUGCUGAUUCAGCUCAUCCACGUCUCAUCAUGUCUGAUGACGGGAAACAAGUGAGAGAUGAAAACAGCCAAAACGCAGUGGAUGAUGGAGAACACAGGUUUAAUUAUUAUCUUGGUGUUGUCGGGAAGAACGGAUUCUCCUCAGGGAGUUUUUACUUUGAGGUGAAGGUGAAGGAUCAAACUUGGUGGGAUUUAGGAGUGGCCAGAGAAUCCAGUAACAGGAGGGGCAAGCUCGGCCUGAGUCCUGAUAAAGGAUACUGGACUGUGAGACGGAGAGUUAAGAGGUAUUGGGCUCUUGAGUCUCCACGUUCUGUCUCUCUUUCUCUGAGAGUGACGCUUCAGAGGAUCGGUGUAUUUGUGGAUUAUGAUGAUGGUCUCGUCUCCUUUUAUGAAGUAGAGUCCAUGAAUCAUAUCUACUCUUUCACUGGUCAGUCUUUUAAUGACAAACUCCUUCCAUUUGUUGGUUUGGGGUAUCAGUGGGAAUAUGAUUGGAGGGAUAAUAACCCCACACCACUGAUUAUCUGUGAUGAUUAUUAAUGACAUCAGUGAAUGAAAUUACAAUGUCUAAUGAAAUGUGUUUGUUGAUGAAUGUCCAGAUUGAGGAAAGCUGGAACCAAAGAACAAGCUCAAAUAUCAGACAUGUUCAUUUUCAUACAUCAUUCCCACAUUUCCAUUUGUGUUAUUCAGAUUUCAUGACUUGUAUGUGGAUAUAGCCAUGCCCAAACUUCUGAUCCUAACUUGUUAGAUUUUAGACACAGAUGAAUAGAUGAGUUUAAGUUUGUUCAUGUGUUCAUAUAUUCUUAAGUGCUCAUUUGUAUUCUUGAUUUUCAUUCUUUUAUUUGGAUGGAUAUCGUUCACCCAAAAUGAAAAUGUUCAUGUCUUUCUAACCCUGUUUUUAUUGUUCUAUUAAACUAAAUAUUGAGA